UAUUGGAGGUAAUUGGUCCAACAAAAUUACAUAAUUCCAAAAAAUCCUCUGUAAAGUCUUCAAAACUUAACAUAAUAGGUUUGAAGUGAAUCGACUGAAUUUAAUCGAAAACCGUUAAGAUCCGGGAUAAACAAGUUACCAUUAUCUGUUGGGAACAUUGUUUUUGGGACAUCCUGUGUGUACACGAAAACGUCGUAAUUUUACCUAAGCAUUAUUUAAAAAUAAUUAUAAUCAAUUCAAGUAAGUACAAAACGUCGCAAUUUGAUAAAAACAAAUUUUCUUUAUAAAAAAAGUCACGAAAAGUAAAAACAAUUCAAAUAAAUAAUAAACCAUUUUGUUUUUGAAAGUUCUUUAUUAUGUGAAAUUUCAACAUUGAAUUCUAAAAACUGCGUUUCUUUUAAAGAAAAAUUUACUUUUUACAAACAAUACUUUUUUUAUUAUUUGUAAAUAGUAAAAACAAAGUGAAAUCGAAACAAAGAAAUUUGCAUGUCUAAAUGCCAUGUAAUUACUUCACUUUAAUAUUGAUCACUAUGAGAUAAUGUACAUAGUUAUAAUUAAACUUUUUACAAAAGUGCUCACACAAAAUCUACGAAAAAUUAUAAAAUAAAAUAUUGUACAAUCACGGUUGUGAGCUAAAAAAACCAAAUGUGAUAAUUUCAUUAUAAAUAGCAAGAGUAAUCUCGAUUAAAUGAGCACGAAAACUGAUACCUAUGUACUUAUAGGUAUUCAAAUGCAUCGUAGAACGACCAAGAUCACAAAAAAUCAAAGUAACACUGUUUCAUAAUUUUAAUUACUCUGAUGUCAUAUCCAAACUAUGUAUUUUCUUUUUAUUUGAAAUAUAAAAUGUUUGGAAUAGAUUCGAGUAUUUAAACAUCAAAAUUAUUUCCUAAAAUCACAGUCUCUGAAAGCAAGCUAAAUCAAUACUAGCGGAAACUAAUUUGACAUCAAAGGACCAAUUUUUAAAAAUGAAAACAUCAACUAAAUUCGUGGUCGUCUUGUUAGGAGUUUUCUUCCUCAUGGACAUUGUUGUCUCAGACGAGGAAACUAUGCGCUAUAUGGUAAAACGAAGUGCUCAAAUGCCACCUGGAGCUGAAACUGCUGGGCAAGCGGGAGCAUCUAUGGCUGGAAGUGCAAAUAUGGGUGCAGGUUUUGGUGUAGGCGCAGGUGCAGGUGGAGGAGCAGAUGCUGGCGCCAGUGCAGGUGCCGAAGCAGGCGCAGGUGGUGGUGGUGGUGCAGGUGCAGGAUCAGACAACAAAGCCGGAAAGUAAUACUAGGAACCUUCAAUAUAAUAUGGUUUUCGAUUAUUAUGAUAACAAAUAAAGGAUAUACACGUGUAAUAUAUUAGAAUUUAAAAUAUCUUUUAUUUCAAAUAUAGAAAAUUAAUUAAUUUGUUUGAAAACAAAUAUAAUUUGAGAGUGGUUAGUAAAUUCUAAAGUUCUUCCAUUUGAAAUCUAAAUACAGUGUACAAAAGUAGAUUUACUAUGAUAUUCAGUUCAGGUAUGUAACCCUGAUCAAAAUUUGCUCAUAUGUCCUUAAAUCACUUUACAUUUUUCGAGAAG